AUGUCACCCUUAGGUUCAUUAGAAAAGUUUGUUAUUGCCCUCAAUAGAGACAUCCACAUUCCUCCGUGCGAUGGGCAGUUUCUUUUAGACUUUGAGCAACUUCAGACUCAGUUUCCUGGUCAAGAACAACUGCGUGCUGUGUUGGAGUAUGUGUUUGUAUCUAUGGUUAUCCGGUGUAGUGGUCAUGCACCAAGAUCAGAGUUUCUUCUUUUUGCUUUGCGUAGAUUAUACAGUAUUCGGCAAUAUAAAGACAAAAAGGAAGGAGCAGUAGAGCCAGAGGUCGAUCCUGAAAGAGAUCAGAGCUUAGUCUUUGCAUAUCAGUCCACUGCAACAGCUGCUGGAGUUGCAGGUGGUACAACAUAUGCAGGGGGGCUAGAAAAUUAUUUGUUCACUUGUCAGGUGUUUGAAUCAUUUGGUGUUGUAGAGCUGGUGCAGUUACCUACUGAUGAGACUGGAAAUUGUAAAGUUUUUGGUUUCAUUCAGUUUGCACGCCUUGAAGAUUCUAGAGCUGCAUACAAUUUAAAUGGAAAAUUGGAGAUUGCAGGUCGAAUGAUGAAGGUAUCUGCCAUUACUGAUCAAUCUGGAAUGCAAGAAAUGGGUGUAAAUCCUGAUAAUUUUGAUGAUGACGAAGGAGGUGGCCUGGGUUCAUGA